CUACAUCUAAAAUAGGAAGAGAUCACAGAACCUGCGGCUGUGCAAGGUUGAUCUCUUAGUUCCGUCUGUAUACCUAUUCAGUGCGUUGCAUUAUUGAGAUAAACAUACUUUCUGACAAUACUGACGAUGCAAGAAACUCUGCUGAGAGUGUUUGUGGUGGGUCUUGGUCUCCUAAUGUGUCCAAGGGAUGACCCUGGAGUUGAGGAAUGGGACGAUAUUGUCAACAAGGACAUGCAAAGGCAUGAAGAGAAGCUGCUGAGAGAGGAAGAGAAACUCGACCAGGAAAUGCCACCUGUCAGUGAGAAAAUACACACAGACAAAAAUGAGACUGAAGAUGACAGAAACUUUCAUGCUGAACAGAAGUCUGAUCAAAACUUCACUGAAAAAGACAAACUUUUAGAGUCAGAAGGACAUGGCACCAAUCAUGAAUUACUACGGGGCCGAUCCACAGCUAAAUCAGAUCCAAGUGUGCCUAAAAAUGAUAAUGCUGAACCAGAGGCUGCUUUAAAGACAUCACAAGAUGCUAAUGAGCUAAAGGGAAAAGAUAUCCAUACUGACAACCCUUUUGGAGACCCUGGCAAACCACAGGGGCAGCAUGCAAGACCUGAGAAGGAAAUAUCUAGUUCCAAAGGACAAGACACACCUUUUAAAAAUGUUAAGACAUCAGAAAAUGAAACCUCAGAGAAAUCAAUUGCAGAAUGGGAAAGAGAUUACCUCUGGUACAUUUGGAACAUAUUCUCAGUGAUUUCCAUGAUCCGUUUCUGUUGGAAAUACCUGAAUAGGAAUUCCCAAAUGACACAAAUAGCAGUCUCUCCUGUGACGUGCGCUGCUGAUGAAGUGCAGCUACCGGACAUCGGCACUCUUAACGAUUUUUAUGCUAAAUACGUUCAAGAAUCAUCUCAAAAGAAGUGGAGGAAGGAUGAGUUUCUGGAAGGAUUUGCAAAUGACCUACUAGAUGCUAUGAGGACCAUAUGUGGUAAAAAUGGCAGUAUGGUGAUUGAGGACUUUCAGAUGCUCAGUGCCUGUAAUAUCAUUGUCCCUUUGACCCCACCUAAGCCAUUUAGUUUUCACAUUCAGCUCUGUAACCACAAAGGGAGGGAUAUUUCAAAUAUACCAGUGUGCGGUCAAAUAAAACUUUUGGAAAAUAAGAAAACCCAAGAUUGCCCCUGUCAGACCUCUGAUGCAGAUGAGGAUAUGGUUUGCCUGCUGCAUUCUGACCACAAUGAGAACAUAAGGACAGAAAUUACUGAGGUUUGUGAUGGUUUUCUGUGCUCAAAAAACACUCCUUUCUUGUCAAAAUCACUGGUCUCCAGAUGGUUUCAGAGCACUAUAAAACAAGCAUGGAGACUGAUUUCACACAAGUAUGAGUUUGAGCUCAAUAUUCACUAUAUUGAUGCUCCUGGUGCUCUAGUGAUCAGGUUCAAGUCAGGCAAGAAGAUCACCUUUAGUAUGAAUCCUGUGGUUACAUUUAAUAAUGAUGCUUAUUUUUUCAUCACACCUUGGUCCUCAAGUGAUGCAGAUACUUUCUGGAGACUAUCCUUAACCAGCUAUGAAGACCAUCUCCUAGAACAUCUCUCGAAACGCCUGCCUGAAAAUGCUUGUCAUAUUCAAGCACUUGAAAUUGUACGUUUCCUUCACAAGAGGCAGACUGCAAUGACAGGAAGUAGUGCGCUGAAGGAUUUUCAUUUCAAAACUGCCCUAAUGCAUCUGCUUCUCACCACAGACCCAAGACACUGGAACGCAAACUGUGUUGAUUCGAGGUUACGAGACUUGCUAUCCUUUAUAGAAAGAAGCCUUGAGAAAAAGGUACUGAAACACAUUCUCAUUGGCAGUUCUUUAACUGAGGUUAUUGAACUCCCUGCUGAAUUAAUCAGAGCAAAGCCAGUGAAUCUCUUCCAUCCUCUUGUGGUACAUAACUGCAUGUACAGGAACGCUAUGACGCAUUUCCAGGAAAUGCUUAGAAAUGCAUACAUGAUGGUUGAUGAUUACGCAAAAUAUACUGAAAGAGCAAACUGAACAUUUGACGACAGUGCAAUUUAGAGUUUUAAUUUUCAAUUGAACCGUUGACAGUAAACAAACUGUACAUUCAUAAAUGGCAUACUGUGCAGAGUUCAAGAAAUAAAGCCGCUAUUUUUAAAACAAUUCUGAUCAUUUAAACAUUAAAUUAUUGGUCCCAAUUGUUUAGGAAGUCCUUAUGUUUUUCUGUUUCUGGGUCAUCCAAGUUGAACAUGCCAGCAUCACGGGACUUCAUCUUGGGCUCAGACUUUACAUGUUCAUCUUCACUGGGCAAGUCAACCAUCCAAGAGUGACUUGAGAUUAUCUUCCUAGAAGCUGGUGGAGGGGAAAAAAAAAAAGUUUAAAAUUUUAUUUGCUCACAUGUGAGACCACUUUCAUGCCUUCAGUGUUCUGCAAGACUGUGGUUGUCAGUUUGCAUCAAAAAGACUUCAUUCAACUUGCAAUGAGCCAAGCUUAGCUGAUUGAAAAGCUAUUGCAUCUCAUGUAAAUUUAAAAAUUACCCCUUUGCUGUGGUGGCGAGCAAGUUGAUUCACAACAAGCGCACACAGUGUCAUACCCGUAGAGCUCUUUCCAGCUAAAACAAAAAGCGGGGUCAAAAGAUUUGAUGACAGCAAGCACAAAAGUAACACCUCGCAGAAUUUCAGUUUAGCCAACUCACCUUCCAGUCACUGGAUCAUAGUUACAAGCCUUCGAAUUAUGAGUUGGAGUAGGUGACCCCAUAAAGAUCUCACAGUGCAAGUACUGUUCCUAAAGAGACAUCGCAUUUAGUGUUUACAUAAUGCAUUUCAUGGCAUCCAUUUCUAUACAACCUAUUGAGGCUACCUGUGAUGAGAUCAUGGAAGCAGAGUCCUUGAAGAUGACAGCUCCCACAGUCAAUCUCUGGACCAUCUUCGAGCUACCACUAAGGAACUUUGACUGUAGCAUCACCUUGCCAUCAAUCAUACAGCUAGAAUUGGAGAUCACAGGUUUAUCCACUCGCAGCAAGUCACCCCAGUUUUAAUUAUGAUACUGUAAAAUUAUUACCCAUUGUUGUCAACGACUGUAUAUUUAGGAUUUGAGUCUGGGUUGCUGGAAGGGGUCAUGAAGCACUUGUUGAUGUAGAGCCUUUUAUUUCUAGAGCUUGCUGUGUGGUAAAGUACACUGGCCUCAAAGUACAUCGACUGACCCAAGGUGUAGAUUUUGGUCCCAGUGACAUUAUUUCCAGACGCUUUAGUAGGGUGAAAGUGGCAAAGCACAAUAAAAGGCAAAAAUAAAUCAGGCUGCUGCAUAUGUUUGGCUAACUGAGUGCAUUGUGAUGAGUUCUGAAAAAUGUUUGUGGAACAUUUUAUCCUUCCCUAAGCUUUCACCAGUAUGGAUGCUGUUGUAGCUCCAUAGUGUACAUUUGCAUGCCAAAAUAAAAGACAGGCAGCUGUUAUGGUAUAUGAAAUAAACAUUUGCUUGAACUUAAGCUUGUCUGUGGUGUACUUUCUAAAAAAUAAAAAAAUGUCCUUGUACAGAAAGGCUUGUCAAAUUUCUAUUUCCUCAUUCAUACCUAGAAUUAAAAAGGUUUGGAUGCUACUUUCCACUUUGAUAGAAGACUUUGGGAGUUUAAUAUUUAGUGUUACCAGCCAUAUUUGAAAGUCUUUACUUUAAAACAUACUUAAGGCCUACCAUUUGAAGAAUUCAAAUUGUGGACAGCAAUGAAAUUUAAUCUAGAAUGUUUACCAUCUACAAGGGUGAGGCUGAACAUUCUUUUUUGUUUCAGUGCUCUGAAAACUGUUCCUCCUCGCAGUUUGGGGUGGAAGCCAACUUUGUAUGAGUGAAAGAACCUGCAAUAGUUAAAAUGAAUUAAUUGGAGACGAUUUUAAAAUUAAGGACACUUGGCUGAUUGAAAGGCUUUUACAAUCUAAAAAAAUAAAAUAAAAUAAAA